AUGAAUGAUCAAUAUAAACCAAUACAAUUUCGUUCACAAAUUAUUCUUCAUAAUAAUCCUCAAACAGAUGUACGUAUUGACAAAUUUAGUGUUGCUUUUCAUUGUCCUGAUGAUCCGUCAACGAAUACUAUAUCAAGACAUCAUCGUUCAACACCAGCUACACGUAGUCAAUCAUUACAUGCAUCCAAAUCUUCUUUACCACAACGGCAUCAACUAAAAGAUAACGAUUCAAGGAGAAAACUUCAACAUUCAUCGUCUUCAUCAUCUCUACGAUCUCAAGCAUUAUUACAUCAAUGGAUUGAUGAUAUUUGUGCUAACACACAAUUAAUGUCUAAUGAUGAUAUUGUUUUUUUUAUUAAAAAUGGAGAAUUUUUUGCUAGAAUUUAA